CCUGAGUAGCGGGCGUGUUUGCUGAGUGCUCUGCAAUUUAUCUCCAGUUGUUUCAGUUUACUGCACUCCCCCUGAUCUCCAGCCUGAGAAGAACGCAACUACAGCAACUUUAAUCCUACCGGUAUUUUUCUAUUUAUCUGCAUCCUGACAUGCUUUGCUGAACUUUGCUGUAGUGGCUUGGAGAUAUAAUUAGUCGGAGGCACUGCAGUCGGAGGAACUGUUCCCCAACCGCUCUGCAACUCAAAGACCUGAAUAUCUCAAGGGAGAUAAGAUAAGAACUGCGGCAACAGCUAAGUAAUUCCCUGGCGAUUGGAACCACAACUGGAUACAAGCUUUUUUCCUUAAGUUCUGUGGAGCAGCUGGAUCAGGUCCAUGAAAGCAAUGAAAUCCCGGAUGUUUACAUUGUAGAGCGCCUCUUCUCCAGUAGCCUGGUGGUGGUGGUGAGUCGCAUGAAGCCUCGGCAGAUGAACGUCUACCAUUUCAAGAAAGGGACAGAAAUCUGUAACUACAGUUACUCUAGCAAUAUCCUCUCUGUCCGUCUUAAUCGGCAGAGACUAAUUGUGUGUCUGGAAGAAUCUAUUUAUAUCCAUAACAUUAAGGACAUGAAGCUUCUGAAAACGAUCUUGGACACCCCUCCAAACCAAACGGGUUUGUGUGCACUUUCUAUCAACCAUUCCAAUUCCUACUUGGCAUACCCUGGUAGCACGACUGUUGGUGAGAUUGUUCUGUACGACGGAAACAAUUUGAGAGAUGUCUGUUCAAUCUCUGCCCAUGAUGGGCCCCUUGCUGCCCUGGCCUUCAACUCCACAGGGUCAAAACUAGCAAGUGCUUCUGAAAAGGGAACUGUCAUCCGUGUGUUUUCCAUCCCUGAAGGACAAAAGGUCUAUGAAUUCAGAAGAGGAAUGAAAAGGUAUGUGAACAUCAGUUCUCUGGUGUUCAGCAUGGACUCGCAAUUCUUGUGUGCAUCGAGCAACACGGAGACGGUGCACAUCUUUAAGCUGGAACAUCUCACAGACAGUCGGCCAGAAGAACCUCCAUCCUGGAGUGGUUAUAUGGGCAAGAUGUUCAUGGCUGCCACAAACUACCUUCCUUCUCAAGUAUCGGGCAUGAUGAGCCAGGACCGGGCCUUUGCCACUGUGCGCUUGAACGUCUCUGGACAAAGGAACAUCUGUGUGCUCUCCACGAUCCAGAAGUUGCCUCGGCUCUUAGUUACAACGUCUGAUGGGCACCUUUACCUUUACAACCUGGACCCUCAAGAUGGAGGAGAGUGUGUUUUAAUCAAGAAACACAGCUUGCUUGACUUGGAAAAGGCAGAAGAGAACAAAGAAAAUGACCUCCGUCCUCCAGUACCUCAGACUUACGCUGCAACAGUAGCCCGACAGAGUUCGGUGCCUUCACCUUCUAUGGUGCCAGAUAAUCUUGUGCCGUGGAAGCCAGACGAACAAAGGGAAGAGGUCAUGAGGAGUGGCAAACAACAGAGCACGGAGCGGCGGAUAGGAGGUAGUUUGAAAAAACAAAAGGGGAAUGUGGAAGAACCCAUAAGUGCGGGGAAACCCAGAGGUGCUCCAGUGCUUUUAACACAGUAUGUUUGUUCUUAGCUGAGCCUUUCUGGCCCUUUGUGUAUGUUUUCUUAAAAAUGCUAUGUAGGUUUGGUAUCAGUGUACUGUAUAUGCACAUAGCCCUAUACUCAAGAGUGUAAAUGUUACCCCAACAAACCUGAAUUUUAUACGCGUCUGCCCUUUUCUAAUUUAUGUAAUGUAUAAAUGUACUUAUUGAAGUCUGUUGAUCCAUGUCUUUGUACAGUAUAUGCAUACUAUUUUACCCAUGCAGAAUAUUUUUGCAGUGACCUAUUGGGGGGGGAAAAGGAGAACCCCAACUUACAAUGUUGGAGCUCUGCUGGAAUACCUUUUAAUAAAGUCAUCAUGGUGUCAGCA